GCGCUAACUGUUGUAUAGUGUGUACCUGCUUAGACGGUUUCCGCAUUCGCAGCGUGGCCUUAAACCACAAACUUACAGCACAGGGAUCUUACAGGGUAACCAGGCCAGGAUGAUGAUGGCAGGCGCCAUGGGCGAUUUUGGUGGCAUGAUGCGGAAACGAGGCCGUGAAGAUGAGGGAGAUGGCGUAAAGAAAGUGUUUGUGGCUGGUCUGCCUUUCAACGUGGACUGGCAGGAGUUGAAGCGCUAUUUCAGGACGGCAGGCACAGUUGUGUAUGCCGGUGUUAUGAAGGACAAGGAAAAGGGCACUUCAAAGGGCUGCGGCGUGGUUGAGUUUGAGACUGCUGAGCAGGCGCAGAACGCUAUCCAGCUGUUUAACGGGACUCAGAUGGCGGGCAGGACUAUCUACGUUCGUCUUGACCAGGACAAUGCAAUUGGGGGCAUGGGCGACGGGCCCUCAGCUGCCAAGAAGCUUGCCAGCGGGGGCAUGGGUGCCGGUAUGGGCGGCGGCAUGUACGGAGGCUCUGGCGCGGGAGGCAACGAUAAUUCCCUUUAUGCAGGUUCGUCCCAGGGUGGUAUGAUGGGUGCAACGGGCAUGCCCGGCAUGGGCGCUGGCGGUAUGAGCGGCAUGGCCCAGUUGGCGCAGUUUGCCGGGCUCCAAGGGUCAGCGGCUGCGGCGGGCAACGGCAUGGGAGGCGCGGGUAUGGGCGCUGGCAGCAGCGGCAUGUCUGGCGGCAUGGGCAUGGGCGCUGGCGGCGGCAUGGGAGGAGGCGCGGGCAUGGGUGCCGGUAGCGGCGGCAUGCAGGGCGCGGGCAUGGGCGCUGGCGGUAUGGGUGCUGGCAUGGGCGCGGGUGGUAUGGGUGCUGGCGGCAUGGGAGGCGGUAUGGGUGGUUUGGCGAAUGUUGUGAAGCAGUCGCAGCCGCAGCAACAGCCCCAGGCGCAGCAGCAGCCCUCAGCCGCCCUUCAGAACGCGAACAUGGCCUCGCUGCUCAGCAUGGCGAAUGCGGCGGCUGGUGGAGGCAUGGGAGGCAUGGCGGCCCUCGCCAACAUGAUGGGCCUUGCGGGCAUGGCCGGCAUGGGCGGACUGCCGGGCCUCGGCAUGGGCGGCAUGGCGGGCAUGGGUGGAAUGGGCGGUAUGGGCGGCAUGGAGGGUCCCCAGUGGGGUGGUAUGGGCCCCAUGGGUGGCAUGCCGCCUAUGAUGGGAGGCGGCAUGCCCCCCAUGAUGGGUGGGAUGCCACCAAUGAUGGGCCCAGGCGGACCUGGCCCCGCCGGCCCGCCCGGCCGCCGGCUGUUCGUCAACAACCUGUCCUUUGACACCGAGUGGCGCGCACUCAAGGACCACUUCAAGCAGUGCGGCCCCGUCGCCUACAGCAAGAUCAUUGUUGACAAGGAGACCAACAGGUCCAAGGGCUGCGGUAUUGUGGAGUUUGAGAACCCGCGCGAUGCGAUGAUGGCGAUCCAGAAGCUCGACAACUCGGUCCUGGACGGCCGUACCAUCCACGUGCGUGAGGACCAGCAGGAGGGCAUGGGGCCGGGUAUGGGGCCAGGCAUGGGCCCCAUGGGCGGAAUGCCGCCUAUGAUGGGCGGCAUGGGCGACCGCGGCAUGGGGCCCCGCGGCGGCGACCGGCGGGGUGACCGCGGCGACCGCGAGCAGCGCAGGGCCAACGUUGACCCCGAGAUGCGCAAGACGUGCCAGAUUGUGGUGCACGGCCUGCCGUUCUCGUACGAGGCGCCGCAGCUCCGCGACCUGGUCAAGGUGGCUGGGCCCAUCCUGGAGUGCGACGUCAAGAAGGACCGCAUGACGGGCCGCAGCAAGGGCUGGGGCACGGUGCUUUUCCAGAACGCGGAAGCUGCGAACACGGCGAUCGAGAAGUUCAAUGGACACGACCUCCAUGGGCGCGUGCUGUCGGUGAAGCUGGAUGCGCACGUGCAGUGAGCUACGUGACGUGGAUCGUACGACACAUGGAACAUGGACUGUAUGCGAUAGCUGACGGGAUGAUUUGGAGUGGCAUUUGUGUAUCUUUGUUGACCUAACCAUUGCAAGUCUACAUGGUUGUGUCGGGCAUGCGGCCUGGUGGGAAAGGGGGUGAGCACACCACUUGUAUGCGUACAGCUGCUAGGACUUAACUUACUGUGGUCUGACGGGUUGGCUGGCUGGUGUCUCCGAUAAGGACCAAUUUACGGCAGGAAUUGUGGAGUAUCCAGAGAUUGUACGAUCGUGAGUCCUUGCUAUGCGUAUAUCUGAUGAUGGGCCUUACGUGCAUUGGGAGGAUUACCAGCAACGCAGUGCAUUGCGAGCAUUCGAGCUUUGGCUCCAUGCUGGGCGCAUAUAGCGAGUCCGUGUAAUUGGAUCAGGUG